CAAUUAGUUCCGUUUAAUUAAAUAAAAUAUAAUUUUUUUAAUAAAGAAAAUAAAUUGUAAAAUAUUAAAAUUUUUUACAAUGUCGAAAACAUUGAAUUUGAUAAAUGAACUUAAUUUGAAUAAUUCAAAUGCUGAGGAAUGCAUAAAUGAUUUUGAUGGAAAAUAUUUACGUUUAACAAAUGAAUUUCAAAAGAAUGCUUCAAUUGAUUAUAAUGAUUUUUUACAACAUUCUGGUGGUAUAACACUUGAAUUUUUAUUUAGAUUAAAUAUUUAUAGAAAUCAUACAAAUCUAACAUUAUUUGAUAUUAAAAAUUCUGAUGGAAAUUUUAUUAUUGAAAUUUUAAUAUUUGAUGAUGAUUAUUAUUUUCUUAAAAUUAUACAUAAACAUAUUGAAAAAAUUCCUGAAGAUGAAAAUGAAAUUUAUGAAAGUGAUCGUUUAUGUAAAUCGUUCAUUUCUGAUGGAAAAUGGCAUAAAUUAACAUUUUGUAUAACAUCAAAUAAUUAUAAAGUAUGGCUUGAUGAAGAUUUAAUUUUGGAUAAAACAAAUCCACCAAGAGAUCAUCGUAAUAAUUUACAAUUUUUUUCAAUAAAUGAUGAACAAGAGUAUACAAUUGGAAGAUGUGAUAAACAGCUAUUAGGAUUAGAUAUUAAACAAAUUGCAAUUACAAAUCUUUUAAAAGAAGUUAAUUGUGAAAUACUAGCUGAUUUAAAUUCCGAUGUAUCAUCACAUAUUGAUUUUAAGAAGAAAUUAAAUAAAAAUUUACAAAAUAUUGAAAAUGAUAAUGAAAUAUUUUAUCAAAUAAAUGAAGCAAUUUUUGGUGAAAUAAAAAUACCAGAAAUUUUAACAAAACCAAAUCAAAUAACAAAUAUAAUAUUUGAAUGUAAAUUUCGUCACCGUGGUCCAAUUGAUGGUCAAAUGAUACUAUUAAUAUUAAAAGAUAAUUUUGAAAAUAAUUCACAAGUUUUUGCAAUUGAUUCUGGUCGUCUUUUAUGUUGGAAUGAAAAUUUUCAAUAUUUUAAAAAAUCAAAUCAAUGUAGAGCGAAACUUGAAGGAAUAAAUAUAUAUGAUGGUGAUUGGCAUACAAUUAAAUAUCAAAUAACACCAGAAUUAAUGGAAGAGGAAUAUGAUGAUCCAAUAUUAAAAAAAAGAAUUAAAUUUUGGGUUGAUGAGAAACUUUAUGAAAAUGAUUUGGUAUCAGGACCAAUAUUAUUUCAUAGUGUUUUACAACAAUUUGUAAUGUUUCAAAAUAAUUUUGGAAAUGGUUAUAAAAAUUUCGAUGUCAAAUCAAUUCAGUUCAGUGUGAAUGAAGUCUAAAAUUCAGAAAAGCAAAUGUGUGAUAAUUUAGAUAAACUUUGCCUGAAUAGAAAAAAUUUAAAUAGAGAAAAAAGAUGUUGCCAGAUAUUUUUACAGAAACAAAUCUUUAUGUGCUAAAGAUUUUGUUUUACCAUAAAUAAUUGAAGAUUUUAUAAAGUGCCAAUAAGUAACUUUUAAUCCUGAAGCAGUUCUUGACUAAAGUUAAGAAAUUAUAGAAAUGUUGAAACACGUUAAAAUUUUAUUUUUUAAUACAAAAUUAUGCGUUUCCUUAUAAAUGUACUUAUU